GGCACAAUGUGGAGCAGUGGAUUGUCGGCUUCAGCGUGGGCCAUCGCGGACACGCGAAAAAUAUCAUGCUCGCGGGUGCGUGGAUCUACGUACGGACCCAGAUGACGUUCGAAGACCAGGACGCCACACGGGACCGCGCCAGUCUGAUGCGGAGCCCCUACACAGGCCGCGAACGCGUCAAGCCAUUGCUGAACUACGCCACCCACUACGUGGCGCCCUCCUGGCUCGUGCAGUCCCGGAACUACACGACGACCGCGACCAGUGCGUCUUCUACUUCAAGCGGCGGGGCAGGAACUACGACGGAAACAGCAAGCGACGUGCUUGUCCCGGGCGCCUACUCGUACCUGCUCCCGCCGAGAGCCGCGCGGACCACCGGCGCGGACAUCCUGUAUGCGCGCGAAAUCGGCAUUCGCACGAUGGCCGCGGCCAAGACGCUGUCUUCGCCCCGCUGGUUUCGCAAGUACCCCAUCGGAAGCGGGAAGCAGAAUUACGCCUGCGGUGGCACGGUCGGGACCGUGGUUAAGGCGCUCGCUGCGACUGCCAACACGGCAGAAAGCUGCCGGGCAGAGGUGGACGAGGAUCGCGAAUGCGGGGCGGUGCUGACGUACGGCAUUCUGCCCGUCACCGACGGGUCCGGACUCAGCUUCUACUGCCACUGCGUCAAGCGAGGCCAGAUUUGCGAAGAGGAGGAACGGGGCACCACGCCUGGUGCACGCGUGCAGCAUUCCCUGGAGAUCCACGCGGACCUGGCGCGCUCCUUCUUUUUUCCUCAUUUUCCGAGCCUGGGCGGCACGGUAGCCACCGACUUCCGUGCGUCCCACGAGCACGCCUUUGACUUCGUCACGGGCGCCAACCUGUUCUCUCCGGACGCCGAUGUGUUCCUGCAGAUGAAAGUGAACGAUAAAACGAUCCGGUCCGGCGACUUUGCCCGGGGUGGCGUGGACGCGGACGCCCGCCCCUGCGAGGGGCUCACGCCCGCAUUCGGGGGGCAAUACUGGGUUUGCCACGGCUGA